CUUCAAAGAGGAGCAAUAAAAUUUAUUAGUCCAUAACAAGAUUUUACCCUUUGACUGGAAAUGGAAUACAUUUUCGAUGAUAAAUAAAAAGGAAAAUAAUAGUUUCGGUGCUUCUUCCCUUUAAAAAAAUGUGCCCCAAACCAAAAACGGAAGUCAGUUAUCAUGACAAACCUACAGGAGGGAAAAAGAAGAUAUUGUUCUUAGUAGUGCCACUUAUAGCGCUAGGGAUUGGCAUUUAUCGCCAACAAAGAGUUGACUUGAAGGAAAAAUCAGGUAGCAUUUUACCCACACCUGUGCCAAAGCAUUCUGGCGUUCCUGACUGCAUCCCUCCAGCCAUCAAUGAAUUUCCAGACGACAUUUUCACCCAGGAGCAGCGACAAAGCGGUUUCGUUAUCAUCCAUAUAGUGGCAACAGCUUAUCUUUGUCUUGUCUUAGCUAUCAUUUGUGAUCAGUUCUUCGUGCCUACGCUUGAAAUAAUUGCAGAAGCUCUAAACGUGCCUGUUGAUGUAGCUGGGGCAACUUUUAUGGCGAUAGGCACGUCCUCUCCAGAACUAUAUUCAGCCGUAAUUGGUUCUUUCGUAACGAAAGGUGAUAUUGGAAUUGGCACCAUUGUUGGGUCAGCCGUCUUCAACAUUUUGGGAGUGACAAGUGUCACUGGAUUGCUGCUAUGGAAACAAGAAUCACCCGUCGAUUGGUUUCCAAUUUCAAGGGAUUGUCUAGUGUAUAUUUUUUCAGUAACUACUCUAAUUUGCAUUAUACAAGACAACGUGGUUACUGGCCUUGAAUCUGUCUUGUUACUGGUGAUGUUUGCUGUAUACAUUGCUGUAAUGUAUUUCAACUCUAGCAUUAGAGAAUGGGGUGAAGGAACUAUGGACGAUCUUCACAGGUGGUGGAAGAAGAGUCGUCGCGCAAGAGCAACUUCUUUCAGACAUCGUAGGCCAUCGUUGUCACUCAAAGCCAGCAGAAUUGGUGAUCCUCGUCUGUUUUUGACUUCACCCCUGGCUAUGCAAGAUACCUCUGUAGAUGAUGAUGAUUCAGAUUUAAAAGAUACUGCAGGUGACGAUAAUCAAAGUGAUAUUACGACAUCAUCGGAAGAAUCAGAUUUGGACGAUGAUUUGUCUCCUUGGACAAUUCCGCAGGACAGUGGCUUCCAGUUCACACUCUGGGUGAUAACAUGGCCUGCCUUAGUUAUCAUUACUUCCACAAUUCCAUCUUGCAGGAAACCAAACCAGGGAAAUUUCGUCAUCACAUUUAUAUGUUCUGUCAUUUGGAUCGGAGUCAUAUCGUAUCUGUGUUCGUGGAUGGUUACGAUUAUUAGUCAUACCUUUGGGCUACCAGAUUCUGUGGCUGGAAUCACUAUUUUGGCAGCUGGUAUCAGCGUUCCGGAAAUUAUUGCCAGUGUCAUUGUUGUGAAAAAUGGUAUGGCGAAUAUGGCGAUUUGUAAUCUAAUAGGAAGCAAUAUUUUCGACAUUUUGUUCUGCUUAGGCGUACCAUGGUUCAUUAAGACUUUCUUUUUCUCGCCUACAUCAACUGUGAUAAUCAAUAGUUCUGCAUUAACAUACACAACUGCAACAUUACUAUCUACUGUGAUUCUAUUGUUCGUUACGUUUAGUGUCGCCGGAUGGAAGUUAAAUUGGAAAGUCGGCCUCAUGUGUUUGGUGCUGUACUUAGGAUUCCUAAUCAUAGCAUGUAUGUUUGAACUUAAUAUGUUUGGUGAUAUGAAUCCAGCUGCUUGUCAAGUCUGAAGUCACAAAAGCAUGUCACCCCAGCUUUGAACUCUUGCUGUAGCACCCCAGAAAUUGCGAGAAAUCAAAUAUCAGCUCGCCGUACUGCCGUAAAUUUUCCUUUAAACUGUCUGUCAAAUAAAAUAUAUUAUUUUUAUAA